AUGACCCUCAUGAUGAUGCGCCGUGUGAUGUGUGUGUUGGCCGUUGUGCUGUGCUGCGCCUGCGGGUAUACCAUGGCUGCUGCUGCUACUACUACUGUUGCUGCUGGACAGCCAAAGGCGGUGAUGGCGGUAUUUGAUACUUCGGUUAGCAGAACUGCUGAACGACUACAGAACGAACAAAUAUUGCGAGUGGAGUGUACAACUAACCGUUCUGCUAUUAAAGGUAAAUUAAAUUGUGCGUCAGUGGGAAUAACAAGUGAUACCAGUAUACCGGGUUCCAGUGUCAGUCUUGAACAACAAGCGAAACAACAAAUCCGACAAGAAACAGGGGAACAAGGUGCGGAACUUACUCCGGGUGGUAUUCAAACCAGUCGUGUCGUUGGUAAUGUGGGUCGUGGAGGUCAACACGGUCCUGUGGGUUCUGAGAACAACUCUGUUGGAAGCGGAGAUCAUAGAGAAAGUACGACAGACACAUCAAAUACAUCCGCACAGUCUACAUCUGCAGGAAUUUCUUCUGUGAGUCCACCUGUUAAUGACAGUCCUUCACCGAAUGCAACUCCAGAGACCAGUAAAACUUCAACAGCAUCCCCUAACGAGAAUACAGGUAACCAGCAAUCGCCUGUAGAGGGAAGUGCGAAUGCCGCAAACACAGCUGAUAACAGUACAUCUGCCGAUUCUAAUCUUACCCAGCAAUCUCCUGCAAAUGGUGUUGUGACUGGCUCACCAGACUCAACAGAAACCAAUACCACUACUUCGCCGAUCUCCGUGAACACCACCACAGAUGCACCAACCACCACUCCAUCUCCUGUACCCAACGCAGAUAUCAACACCAACAUCGCUUCCACUGUGCAGAAUAAGGCUAAUGCUGACAGCAGUAUCAGUCCUGUGUGGAUGGGCACUGCAGCACCGCUGCUGAUUGUAGUGGUUGUGUUGUUCUCCGCUACUGUGUACUGA